AGUUUCGCGCUUUCGCUUUGUGUUUGUAUGGAUUUAGAUGUGUGCAUGUAAGAACAUGUGAGAAAAUAUUAAUUUUCAUUUACAUUUUGGAAUAACCCAUGCUCUAUCUUUAGUUUCUAGACCACUUCUAUGGCAAUCGGUUUACAGCCUCCUGGUGAUUACUCACAACCUGCAAGUACUUCUUCUACCAGUGAAAAUUGUCCCCAACUUUCAAGCAUGAACAAUCUCAGGAGCACCCUCACCCUUCCAUUGGACAAGAUGGCGAUUCCAAUUUAUACUGCUUCACCUUCUCAAGCAGAAGUCCAAGCGAGUGGCCAGGUGUUAUUUCAAAGAUUUGUUCAUGUAGAGUUAGAAAAUGAAGGACUAAGUGAUGUUUUGAAUGUUGAAGAGUCGGCUGGUGAAUAUGAAGAUAUUGCUCCUAAUCUAUAUUCUCCUGUAAAUAGGAGACGUGCUGCUUCCCCGUUGUUUGCGAGCACUCCUGAAGGUUACAAAAAUGCUCAUUUGUUGGAAAUAGGUGCCAAUAUUAGAGAGUUUGCUAAUGAAUUCAACAGAAGCAGAGAAAGACAAAGAAUUCGAGAGCAGGCCGACCAGGUGGAUCUUGGUCACAUCAAUGAAAACACUUUUUUUAGGAUGCUUGAAGAGGUGUUCAAAGACGGAAUCAAUAAACAUUGUUUGGUUGCAUUGUUUUUCUUUUGCUCAGAUGUGUUAAUAAGGUGCCUAAAGAGAAAGAUGACGCAACUGGGUACAGAACUGUUUUUAUGGUCAACACAAUUUGUUGUAGAAAGAGUUUGCAAAUGGGUCUAUGAACAUGGGGGUUGGGCAAAAGUGAUGAAAAGCUUUUGGACUGGAUUUAAAGAAGUCACUGCAUGGACUUGUGCUGUUGUUGUAAUCAUCUGUGGUAUUGUGUAUGUCAGAAAAAAUUUGUUUUGAGCAAUAUAAUUUUGUUCCUUGUAUUUGUAUGCUAUAUGUAUAUUUAUAUGGAGCUUUUGUAAAUAGUGUAUGCUUAGUUGUUUUGAUGUUAAAAAAUUAAGUAUAAAGUUUUCUACUUGUGACAAGUGUGUACUUUAUGUUGAAAAUUGUAUUCUCUUGAAACAUGAGUGCUAGAGGCAUAGUACUGUAUGUCGAGUUUUUUUGUGUGAAAAUGUCUAAGACUAGAAAUGGAGACAACACUGUUGAAUGAACGGCUUUUCUGUGUCAAAUUUUCUAUGCAUGUAUUUAAUGCUCAAACUCUUAUGUAGUUUUUUUUAUUAGCGUUAUUAUUAGUAACUGCAAAUAAAUCAUUUUUUGUUAAAAGGGCAUAAGUCAACAUGGGUCAUAAGGGGGGCUUGAGCCCCCCCCCCCUCUAGACAUUGGUACUGUCAUUUUUUUAAUUAAAAGUUUGAACAUAAAUAUCAUUAAAACAUUUCAACAUAAGCCUUUAGUGAAUGACUGUUGUUAAAACCUUCUUUAAAUUUUUUAAUAAUUUCAAUCUCAUUUAUUUUUAUUUUGGAAUUAUAAUAAUGUUUUUUAAAUAACAAAUUUCCACCUGUUUUAUGAAGAAAACAAAUCUAGGAAUUCCCUUUAAGUGAUUAGAAGUUUUUUUUGAAACAAAUGGUUGAUGAUGAAGGUUUUCAUGAAUCAAACUUUCUUUUCUUUCUUCAUUAACAGAGAAAGAAGAAAGUAAAAGUUUUUUUCCCUUUGAAGUUAGGCCUUG